AUGGUGAAGAUGAAGGUGGAAUCGAGCGACGCACGCGACGUGCCUUUAGAGGGGCGUCUGCGCCAGAAGAAGCAGGGCUUUGCCGUACAAAGAGAAGCACAAACAGAGGACAGUGGACCCGCUCGUCGUUCAAAUAAGAACCAGCCGCUAGAGCUCACUUCUAAGCGCGCCGUGGGUCGCUUCCGACAUGUUGUGGAGGUCAAGAAGCGGCGUGUGCUGGACCCGCGCUUCGAGGCGCAGAGCGGCCGUCUGAACGAGGAGCUAUUUAACAAGAGCUACGCCUUUUUGGACGAUUACAAGCAGCGCGAGAUGCAGGAGCUGAAGCAGCAGCUGAAGAAGAGCAAGAGCGCAGCAAAGAAGGAGGAGCUCAAGCACGAGAUCGCGCUGCGACAGCAGACCAUGACAGAGAAGAAGAAGCAGGAGACGAUUAAGAGUGCGCUGACCAAGCGGAAGCGGGAGGAGCGCGAGGCUGUCGCGAGCGGCAAGGGGGCCUUCUACCUCAAGCGGAAGGACAAGAAGAAGCUCGAGCUACAAGCCAAAUUCCAGGACCUACAGGAGACGGGAAGACUGUCCAAAUUUAUGGCCAAGAAGCGCAAGAAAAAUGCCAGCAAAGACCACAGAUGGCUGCCCACGCAGCGAAAAUGA